UGUACAUCUAUAUGCAUAUAUGUAUAAUAUACCUACACGUACUGCGUCAAAUCUAUUGACGCAAACCCAGAGAUAAAGACUACUUUAAAACUUCGGUCUGGUAGAGAGUAAGAGAAAGAAUGUGAGAAAAGAGAGAAACGGUCGACAGUAGGGGGAGAAAUCCUUCGCUGGAGUUUCGCCGGAGUGGGUUUUGACGUCAAAAAAAGAGAGGAGCUGAAGCUGCGAUGCCGGUCUGUGUAGCUAAACCAGUGUAUCCCAACAGAUCCACCAUCUUCGUCAGUCUGGUAGUCAUCUCCAGUUCAGGUGAUUAUUUAGAGAUAUGAAUAGAGGAGGAGAACUAGGAGCUUCGGAAUUAAGUGAUCAGAGGUUCCAAAUGAAGAAUUCAAUUGCAACAACCAUGAAGCUUCCUCCAUGUGUAAGCAACAACUAUGAAGCUUCCUCCAUGUGCAAGAAUAAUGACAAAGGGAGCUUCCUCAACCACCAUUGAAGUUUCCUCAUGUUUAAUCCCACCUUCCUCCCACCUUCAUACUACCUUGUUUUUGGUAUUAUAAAUAGAGAGCUUGGAGAGUCUUUCUAUCAUCAAGUAAAUUAGAAUAGAUCAUCAUAGCACAACCAAGUUUGAGUUGUGAAUAUCCUUGAGAGAUAUGCGAGGUGUUUUUGAGAGUUUUUAGUUAGAACUUGUAUGUCUCUUCUUUCUAUUCUUGAAAGUAAUAGAAAUGUUUUUCUCUCAUAUUAGCACGAUCCUGUUAUUCCCAACAAGUGGCAUCAGAGCCUGGUUGAGCUUUUGAUAUUUUUCCCAUAUUUUUUCAGAUAAAAUUCUACUGUCUAAAAAAUUGAGUUUUUCCGGAAUUGCAAUCUGAAUAUACUGUUGGAUUCGUCUCGUUGAGACGAGAAAACUGGUAUUUUAAGGGAAUUUUUUGGCCACCGGAAGCUGCCGUACGCGCCGCCAAACGCCGGCCAAAAACUUCUUGCAUCAUCGCUGCUGUUAUCACGCGCAGUCCAGAGAUAGAAGAUGGCUGACGUCAUAGCUGACGUCAUCAGCCAGCCAGACCUGCAUCAGCGACACGUCAGCGCCACAUGUGCAGUCCCACUGUCCCAGCACAGCCAGCCGCCACGUCAUCGGUCAACUGCCAUCUUUCACCUGCGUCCAGUUAGCUGCCAUGUCAUCCCCAGUCAGCGCCACGUCAGUGCCACGUCACCGGUCAGUUUUUAAAUUUUGAAAAAUUGCAGUUUGGUCCCUCAAUUUUUAAAAAAUUAUAAUUUUGGCCUGUAAUUUUUUGAAAAUUAUAUUUUGACCCCGAAAGUGCCUACCCACCAUUUUCGGUCGUUCCGGACGCAACGGUGCUGCCCGUUUUUCGAAAUUCUGCUCCGAUUUUUCUGAAACAGAAAAUCAAAAUUAUUUAGAAGGUGAAAAUGACCUUUGACGAGUCAACUUCAUCUUCUGAAGCUAUGAUUAUGCUCACGGCUACCAACUACACGCUAUGGAAACCUCGGAUGGAAGAUUUCCUUAGCUGUAAAGACCUUUUUGUUCCAAUAGAGAUGAAAGGUAUUAAUCCUGACCCGGCCAAGUCAACGGAGUGGAAGAAAAUUAAUAGAAAAACUAUUGGUCAAAUCCGACAAUGGAUUGACCAUAGUGUCUCCCACCAUGUUGCACAAGAGACCGACGCUUAUGCCCUUUGGAAGAAGUUAGAAGAUAUGUACCAGGCCAAGACCGCUAGGAACAAGGCCUUACUGAUGAGGCGUCUUGUCAAUAUGAAGCUCAAAAGUGGAACUUCUGUUGCUGAACAUACUAGUCAAUUUCUAAGUCUGGUAAAUCAACUAUCUUGUGUAGAAAUGCCACUUGGAGAUGAAAUGCAAUCUCUACUACUUCUUAGUUCCCUUCCUGAUAGUUGGGAGACACUAGUUGUUACUCUCAGCAACUCAGCCCUAGAUGGCAAACUUACCAUGUCUGUGGUCAAGGAUGCACUGUUCAAUGAGGAGGCAAGAAGGAAGGACAUGAGCACAGAUGAG